AUGAGCGAGACUAACAAACAUAACCGAAACUACGCGGCCGCGGUCACACAACUACCUGAAGAUAGUAAAUCCAACCCCUUGCCGGACAACGUCAGCAUCGUCACCCAAUACAAGACCGACACGGACUCGCACACACAGACUGACGCCAAACUGAAAGUGCUGAAAGCAGUGCCUCUUACACUGGUGUCCAGUGCCCAAAACCUUCAGACUGGACUAAACAAAACAGAAAUGGUGGAAGACAAACUGAAGAGCACUCAGGCCACGGAGACUGAUGGUCCAAGUAAGAUGCAGCCGGUACAGGAUGGGUUUAAAUUCAAGGACACUGCCCAGCAGAGCGAACAGAGUCGCGCCAUUGAACAAAAGCAGGCUGAUAAAUUGACCGCGGACAACCGAUACUUAAGUGCGUCAGUGUCCAUGGCAGGCAGCCUGGCCAGCAACCCGGACAUAGGCGUGAUCAUGCAUUCAAAGUUGGCAACGAACAAUGUCCGGGAGAGAGGUAACGCGGUGAAACUGUACGACGGCUCGGAGACUGAGUACUCUAACCGACUGAAGCUGCCCAUGACGGAGGCACUGGUCGCCAACCAGGCCACUACUAAUGAAGCCACCGAGGUCUCUACCCCGGAGCUGUGCGAGCAAUGUGCUGCCUGUACAUUCGAUAGGGAGUGUGCGACACGACGCAGAAACACGAACGACUUCGGCAAUACGAGUAUUGGCAAGGAAACUAAAAAUGAACAAGUUACAAAAACCGACGACCACAAUAGCUUGCAAAUACCAGGACCCUUGCCGACCGACAACUACAAGGAGAGGAAACGAAGUAUUUUCAGUCGCUUCUCUAUAGACAAGAAAAAGGAUAAAUCAAAACGAAAUAGUAAAUCUGAUACUGUGAACAGUGCGGCAAUCGCUAAGAACACUACCGCCACCACCGAGGGCCCCAUCAUGUUGCCAGACGUCCCUCUCAUUGACCAGCCAGGGGACGACACGCGACGUAACUCCUACACCGUCAACAAGGUGUCUAACAAUAUACAGCGCAAGAGGAACUCGCGAGAUAGACGACCGUCUACCGGAACUAAAGACCAGGGUGGAAAUAUACUGGAAGAAUCGAAUUUUAGGGAACUAAUGCUCAGUGACCGUAUUAUGCCUCCCGUGGGGGACGGGUACAAGAGCGAAUACGAAAACGAAUCGACAAAAACGGAAACUAAGGAACAAGCCAGUCAAGCCGCGCCUGACUUACGUGUACAAGUGCAGGACGAGUUGUGUACCCGGCGGGUCUCUAUAUUUUCGGAGCAACAAACCUACACGGUGCCCAACAAAACGAAACGGAGCGCCUCCUACGAUAACACUGAAUUGGAAAUGUCUUACCUCUCCGAUUUGCCUUUGGAAAAAGACGUUACAGGUAAGAGCCCGGACAAGGGCAGAGCCCUGUCCCCGGGCGAGGACAAGACGACCACCACCACCACGUACACGGAGUCCUACUGCUCACCUACCACCAACUACUACUCGCUCAGCGAGGGCGAAGUCCCCACCAGUACUAAAAGGAAGGUGUCCUACGACAAUAGUUACAAAGACAGACGAGAUGACACUACGGGUGCUCCAAGAUCGGAGCAGUCAGCAGCAAAGAUGGAAGCAGCCCUGCGAGCUAUACAGGACGAACUGGCGCGCUGCAAGUCCUUGCUACAGGCGCAGCGACCUGAGGUGAACUCGAUACACACGCCUGUCUUGUACAAUACCUAG